AUGCAGGCCCGCCGGCAGGUGAGUGGCCCCCGGCAAGUGGAAGGCGUGCUGCUUCAGCGUUGCCUCGACGACAGCGCCAGCCCAGCGCGGCCCCUCCCGCCCGCCGCAGCCCGCGCGCUCUGGGGGAGGGGCGGGGCCGGGGGCCGGCGCGGACGGGACGGGAGUCGCCGCAGCAGCCGCCGGACCGCAGCCGCGCAGACACCGCCUGCGACGCAACAGCCCGCCGCUCCUUCGCCUGGCUCCGCGCCUCCAGCCGGCUGUGCCGCAGCGGCCGCGAGGAGGGCCGCCGGAGCGGAGCGCGCAUUGGGAGCCACCACCAGCGUCCCCGAGCGGCGCCCACGCUCCCGCGCCCGGCCGCCGAGACGCGCAGCCACCUGCUCCAGGCCCGAGGCGGACACGAUGAGCUCCGCACUAGCGCUCGCGUUCGCCCUCCUGCUGCUGCUUACGCUCCCCAGGACCGGGUCAAACACUGUAACCAACACUUCAGAACCAGGGCAACAAGCCACAGUUACAGCAACCUCUGGUAAAAACGUGAUUCAAAACUCAAUCCAGCAGAGCGCAAUGACAACAUCCAAUAAAACAGAAUCAGCCUCCAGCUCACUUAUACCCGUUCAUAGCGCAGAGGGUGUCAAAGAUUCAAGCAAGACUACGCCUACGCCAACCACUACCCAGCCGAAUCCUCAUACCACCACCAGCCAGGAUGGAGCUAAAGCUGGAUCUGGAUCUGCAUCUGGAGCCCAGAGUAGCCAGAGUGCUAUCACUAACACCAUGGUCACUAAGGAAAAAGCAACUCAAUUUUCAACUCUGAGUUACACCACACACAGCACUCCUGCUGUUUCCUCCUUGCUCACCCCAACAAGCAUUCACAAACUGACUACAAGCUCCGUGGCUCUGAAGCCCGCAGAGGACACUUCCAAGCCACCAGACAGUACUACAGUGUCAAGUAGUUCGGGCAUGGCAGUGGGUCCCACCUUCGCAUCUCAAAAGACAGCUACCACACAAGGUAAGGCGGGGAGCCCUCCGGAUGACAAACUGGUCAUACUUCUGUGCCGAGCAGCAAAAGCCAACUUCAACCCAGCUCAUGAUAAAUGCCAUAUACAGCUGGCACGUAUUCCAGAAACCCAGGCAGUGGCGAUCAAAGAAAUCACUAUCAAGAGUGUUCUCCUGCCCAAGAACAUGUAUGAAUUGCUUAAAGACAAAUGGGAUGACCUCAAAGAGGUGGGAGUCAGCAGCAUGAAGUUUGGGGAUCAAGAGCCACCAGAAGAGACUGAGGACCGGUUCAGCAUGCCCCUCAUCAUCACCAUUGUCUGCAUGGCAUCCUUUCUGCUCCUUGUUGCUGCCCUCUACGGCUGCUGCCACCAGCGCCUCUCCCAGAGGAAGGACCAGCAGCGGCUAACAGAGGAGCUACAGACAGUGGAGAAUGGUUACCAUGACAACCCAACAUUGGAGGUGAUGGAGACCUCAUCAGAGAUGCAAGAGAAAAAGGCAGUCAACCUGAAUGGGGAACUAGGGGACAGCUGGAUCGUCCCUCUGGACAACCUAGCCAAGGACGACCUAGAUGAGGAGGAAGACACACACCUCUAAUCAGGUCUGUUGGCAGCCUCCAACAGUGCCACAGAGCUCCAGACUGAACCACCUCAAGUGCCAUUUGGACAGGGGAGGAAAAUCCCUCCCAUCUGAGGGAAAGACUGGAGAGGGAAUGCAGACUCAGAAGGUCCGCUUCUCUUGAUACCCACAGAGCCUUAGUAUUUCCCCUUUCAAGCUGAACAAAUCACAUUCUGUCUAGAUCCCUCUUGUAAAAUAUCCAACUAGUGCCUGAGCUCAGUGCUGCUGGAAGAUGAGAGGAAGGGAGAUGAUCAAGGGCCAUACAGGGGACUUACAUAAUCAUCCAGUAAAAUCCCUUCAUUUCAUGGAUGAAAUGACUGAGGCCUACAGAGGGUAAGGUCAAGGUCAAGGUCAUGCAGCCCCUUGGCAACAGUCAGGAUGAAAACAGAUCCCUUCAUUCAACCCAGUGUUAUUCCACCAUGUCACACUGCUGUGAUCAUUCGCACCUUCCUUUCAGAGCUGCCCUGGGCAGAGGGUGAAGCUACCAGUUGAUGGAUGAGAUGGAAGGGAAAGCAGGGCCAGACCCUGUCUCAGUGGGAUCUGACUUCUUGGAAGUAUGGGCCCCAAAAUUUCCAUCUUCUACCCCAGCCUCAUGAGCCAGUGUUACCAUCCCUUUUGUUCUUCCCCCUCUCUUCACUCAAUUUCUGUUUCCAUUUUGUCCCAGAGCCCCUGGGACUAACACAGGUCCUUUAUGACCCUGAAGCCCUUGUUCUGGAUUCUGCUUUCCUUGCGUUUGCUUGGUGAGACUGGGACUUAACCCACACAAGACGGCCAGUGUGAAUGAGGUCUGCUUAAGGAAUCCACCCACAGGUGAACAGAGAAGGGGAAGCCCUGCCUCCCAGGAUGGGUCUAGCUCUAUUGCCCAAGGCAUUCCUGGAAGAGGCUCCUCAAGAACUCUUUUGCCUCCCAUUCCCAUGAGGGACUAAAAUCUGCAGCAGCUACUAAAAGCAAAGUGUCCCUAUUUUGUAGUUGACUACUUAGCUGAUGGGGGUGAAGACCCCAGCUAGGAAUCCCCGAGAUCCAGCAGGAAAGAGCAGUAGCUUUAGGACAGACUUCCUUGGGGGGGGGCCCCUGUCAGCAAACAGGUGUCUUUAAUAGACAAUCGAGUAUAAUAGCCAGGAAAGGUAGGCUUUAUUCUCUCAUUUCAUAGGAAACUCAGGGACUUUUCAAGUUGCUGAGAGUUUUGUUGUUAUUUGUUUUUUAAUCCAGUCUUCUACAUUCCAAAUGCCAAAGCUCAAAUUGAUGGGAGACUUUCAGUUAGCUAAUCUCACUGAUCCAGUUCUCCUAUGCCACUGGGCAAGAAAGGCCUAGAAGGUAUGAUGCAUUCUAAGGUUCACAGGGACAGCCUGGGAGACUAGUCGGCUGUUCUUUCCUGGUAUUGUCUGUCUGGCAUGGAACUAGGUCUUGCCAUGUCCUUUUCUCUGUAUGUUUAGUGGGGAUGCCCAGUUCUGUAGUUUCUGGUGGCAUCUCAGGGAAACAAACUUUGUAGAGGGGUUUUUAUGGAGCUCAGCAGUUAGCUCCCAAAUAGAUGGCACCUGAGGACUGGGCUUAAUGAGGCUUAAUUUGAUUGUCAGGCAAGAGGGACUCCUGUGUGGAACUUUGAAUUUUGCCCGUAGUCUCUACUGUUCCUGGAAUCAACUAAGAAGAUGGGCAGAACUACUUAGGAGAAUGAAGAUGGUCAUUUCAUGGCAAAAAGCCAGAACCCUAGAACCCAAAAGUUCUGAUGAAAUAGACUAUCUGCUUUGGAGUAGCUUAUUUUUCAAAAGGGAAGGAGCUUAGUGGGGGAGAUGUGUCCUUGAGUGCCUGAUUCCUUCUUCAUAGCCAUUGACUGGCCUUUGAUAGCCUAGGGGAAGAGGAAGGCCAGGGGUUCAAGUAGGGGCCCCAGUGAGUUUCCCAAGAGCUGUAAAGAUUCUAGGCUAAUAAGACUCCAAAAGUAUUUGCCUUGAUUCUCUAGCAUUUAGAGGUUGGCAGAAUAGAGAAUAAUGCCAGUUUGGGAGAAAAAUAGGAAAUUUUUGUUAUCCUGAGAUGUUUGCUUCCUUCCUGCCCAACGUUUGGUUCUUUCCACCCAGUGGAUUUCUAUCAUGGCUUCUGUGGGAGAGGCCAGAUGGAUUACUAUUCCUAUCCUGAUUUUGGGUCACAUUUUACCAGCCAGGUCUUUAGGCACAGCAAAUAUGCUUCUGCAAAUUGAUCAAAGGCUGCAACCCCAAGGUGUCUUGGGGAGAGAGAUGAUGGCAAGGUCUAGAGAGUAAAAAUUAUACUUGGUCAAGUGGAAUGACAUGCAGUUUUAUCCAAGGAGAACCUCAAACAGCUUUGGGCUGGUUCAGAGGUUCUUUCUUUUAGUGCAUCCAAAUUGUGUUACUCCAGGCUUUGAGGGCAAUUUCACAAUCCAGUACCUUGCCUUGGCUUUUUAAGGUUCACCACUAGACAUCUACUACGUUAAAGAUCAUACAGCCAGGCAUCUGUAAAGGUCACCUUCCCACAUCAUUUACUGGAUUCUAAAUGCUGUCUGGUAAUUCAGAUUCUGGGGCUGAGAAAGGAGAAAAGGAACACCAGGAACUCACCAUGACUUUAAUUAAGCAAGUUAUGCCAAAGAGAGAGAAACUGUACUUCAGUGGCAAACUGGUUUCCCUAAGCUGCAUAGAAGGCCAGAAACCAUAAAUUUGAUGAUUGGACAAAACCCAGUGGCAAGCGUGCUGUUGUGUGAGUGGGGAGGGAAGCAGCAAUGCUUCUUAAGGAGGUACAGAAUAUUCUUUGCAUCCUAAGACAGAAUACGGGUGUAAUCUAGUCAGAACACAAGAUUCUUUUUUCCCUCUCGUUGGGGAAAGCUAACAGAAAGUUUAUUAUACCACUUCUUGAGCUUUAUCCUUUUUGACUACAUACUGGGGAAAUGUCAAAAAACAAAUGCAAGCUGAUGCAUAUAUACCUAUUUUUUGAUAAUGUAUAUACAACAGCCACAUGUUAAUUCACCCUGCUCUUCUUUAAGUGAAUAUACUUUGAAAAAACAUUUGUUAGCUAAAAGGUGGCUUUUUUUCCCUCUGAACAGGAAUGUACACGUCUAUUUUACUAGAAAUGACAAGUUUUUGUUUCACUUUUCUUUUAAUGAAAAAUGAAAUAUAAGACAGGCUAAUAACAGUGUUUGUCUUGUAGAUCAGGCAUUUUUACUUUUAAAUAUGAUCCUCACCCCUUCCCCACUAAGUCCCAGCCUAUUAACAAUAAGGGUUGGAGCCAGUAUACACUGGUUGGGAAGUGACGCUGUAGUCCUAGGGAGAGGGGCUCAGAGGUCUAGUCCACUCGUUUUGUUUUGUUUUAAAUGGAAAAGGAGCCGGAAGCUCAGAAAGAAAAAUGACUUGGCCAAAAUCACAUGUUUAGUAACAGAAACAAAACUAAAACCUGGGUUGGAAGACUAUUCAGUACUGUGUGCCUCAGAAGGAAUCAAUUAAGGACUGCUAAUUAAGGAUGGGCACCAGAAUGACAUAAAGGACAGAAUUCCCUUCUUAAACCUUGUCCUGCAGCAAGGCUAGGGAGGACACGAAGACAAAAAGAGGAAGCUUCCUGGUCCUUUGACGCUUCUGAGGUAUUUAGAUCUAUAAGACUUAACUGAGGGAUUCUUUUCUGCCAGUGAACAGUUUUGAAUGAGCUUUCCCAUAAGGAUCUUCUACUAGCAGGACCAAUGAUCAAAGGGAACAAGAUUUGGAAGGCAGAGGGGGCAAGAGUAAAGCAAUGGCAUGUCCCUUAUCAUCACUGUCACUAGCUGAGUGUCUCAGGUUUGGGGAAGACCCAACAAUGAGUGAAAGGAGGGGACUGCUAUUUGAUGUGGGUCUUUUGGUUACAAGUGAAUGUUUACCAGUUUGCUUAGGAGACUGGGGGAGCAUAUGGCUUAGUGGACAGGGGUCUAAAGUACACUGGAAUUUACCGAGAAACUUGUUCAUAAAGACUACACUUAAUUAUUGUGAUUUUCUUACAAAAAUAUAUUUUGGAAAAUUGUACACUGUCAAUUAAAGCGCUUUUGUGUAA